GCACUUAAAAUUAACUGGCACCAAGUCUUUUUUUUUUUUUUUUUUUUUUUUUUUUUAAACAAAAUGAGAGCUUUCACUAAAGUCCUACUUGCCAGUAUAUGUGUCGCCUACCUGGCUGUCAAGUGGACUUCACCCAGGUUCGAUGCAGAAUCUCUCAAGGGUGCCCGGGUGUUGGUGACUGGGGCCAGCACGGGUAUUGGUGAACAAAUGGCAUAUCAUUAUGCCCGCUUUGGUGCCCAGAUUGUUAUUACAGCAAGGAGGGAGAAAGUAUUACAGCAGGUGGCAGAAAAGUGCCUGAGUUUGGGAGCCCAGAAAGCUCUUUAUGUAGCAGCAGAUAUGGCCAGUGAGUCUGAACCUGCUCAAGUGGUAGAUUUUGCUCUGGAGAAGCUGGGAGGCUUGGAUUACCUGGUUCUCAACCACAUUGGCCCAAGCCCCUUCAGCAUGUGGACGGGAGAUGUGGAUCACAUUCGAUGGCUAAUGAAUGUCAAUUUCUUCAGCUAUAUUCAGAUGGCUUGGAGAGGUUUGGCUGCCCUUGAGCAAAGUAGAGGAUCACUGGUGAUUGUUUCAUCACUUUUGGGUAAAAUGUCCAGUCCCUUUGUGGCGCCGUAUACUUCAACAAAAUUUGCCUUGAAUGGAUUCUUUGGAUCCCUUCAACAUGAGCUGGCAAUGAACAAAAGCAAUGUGUCUUUGUCUAUAUGCACACUGGGACUCAUUGACACCGACUCAGCUAUGGAGAAAGUCAAGGGUGUCACUAACAUACCAGCCUACCCUUCCUCGGACGCUGCCUUGAAUAUCAUCAUUACAGGUGCUACAAGACAGUUGGAUCUUUUCUACCCCUGGUUCACCUAUGUUGUGGCAGCUAGCAAAGAUAUGUUUCCUUCUGUCACAAACUUUAUCAUCCAGAACUCCUACACCUACAGCCCAUAAAGCACAUUGAUCUGCAGCACCAUUGUACAUGAGCUUUGAUAUACAAUUUAUGAUAAACUGAUACACACACUGAACACCAUUAUACAGUGGACCACACUGUCUAUAUCUAGUAAAUUCCGCUCAUUUUCCUCUCAGAUUUAGCUUUCAUACUCUACUACACCCAAUAUUGUACGCUAAUCUUGGGUUUCCACUUUUCUCAUUUUGCUUGUGGUCCAGCUCUAAAAUGUCUACAGGGAGAAAAGCUUAUGGCUUGAGUUUGUUUCAUUUUAGCCUACCUCAGAGAGAUUUGCUGCUAUCUGCACGGUAUAGCCCCUGCUGUUCACCAGCUACUACACCAGUAAGUGUAAACUGAGGAGGGAAAAACACCAGAUUCACUACUCAUAAGACAGCACAUGCUGCAGCACACAAUAUGAGAGAACACCUCUUCUUCAGCUGUUAAUGAAAUAUCAAACUUUUACAUGAUUGCUAUUCUGUGGUCCAAGAGGAAAACAAAUAAACACAUUUUCACCUCG